CCGAUACUAGAAGAGCCUCAAGAGGCUCGAUCCAAGCACGUUUCAUCAUCUUUCGUUUCCCUUCUACUCUACUGUUAACUGCGAGAUGGCCUGGUCUGUCACUUUCAGCUUCGGGACCGGAUUAGACACGUUCAGGCGCAGGGAGCCCCGGGGCGGCCGAGGGUCCUCGGCCCGCCCCUCGCCCCGCAUCUCCGCCAGCCUCGCCUACGGGUCUUCUGCCUCUACUCUCCGUCCUCGCCCUGAGAGGAGACCGGGAAGAAGACGACGGAACUGGAAGGCAGACACUGCACCCACCCACGGCGUCGCGGCCGUAGUCCCGCCCUUGACGUCAUCUCCCGGCGCCAGUCGGCACGCGACGGCCCUCGGCCGUUCUAUGUCAUCUUUCCGCGCCAGGGGCCGAACCAACAGUGACGGCUGUUGCACUUAUAGCAGUAGAGUUUUCCAGAUGACUUUUAUGAUGCUAGCAGUGUCCCUUACCAUUCCCUUGCUUGGGGCCAUAACUCUGCUGAAUUGCCCCAUUGAUCCUCAGCCACUCAGUUUCAAAGAGCCUCCUUUCCUACUUGGAGUUCUGCGACCAAAUGUGAAGUUGCAACAGGCAGAAAAGUUAUUUGAAAACCAGCUUAUUGGUCCGGAGUCCAUAGCAAAUAUUGGUGAUGUUUUGUUUACUGGCACUGCUGAUGGUCGCAUUGUAAAACUUGAAAAUGGAGAAGUAAUCACAAUUGCCAGACUUGGUAAAGGCCCUUGCAAAACCAGAGAAGAUGAGCCUACUUGUGGGAGACCUCUUGGCAUACGAGUUGGGCCUAAUAGUACACUUUUUGUGGCAGAUGCUUACCAGGGAAUAUUUGAAGUGGAUCCUAGUACAGGUAGAGUGAAACAUCUUUUGUCUUCCCAAAUACCCAUUGAGGGAAAGAAAAUGUCAUUUGUGAAUGAUCUGACAAUUACUCAGGAUGGGAGGAAAAUUUAUUUUACGGAUUCUAGCAGUAAAUGGCAAAGACGAGAUUAUCUGCUCUUGGUUAUGGAGGGUACAGAUGAUGGACGAUUGCUAGAAUAUGAUACUGUAACCAGAGAAGUAAAGGUUUUAAUGGAGGGAUUAAGGUUCCCUAAUGGAGUCCAGCUGUCUCCUGCUGAAGAUUUUGUUUUGGUGGCAGAAACUACCAUGGCAAGAAUAAGAAGAUUCUACGUGUCUGGGCUUAUGAAAGGUGGGGCAGACAUGUUUGUGGAGAACAUGCCUGGUUUUCCAGAUAAUAUUCGACCAAGCAGCUCUGGAGGAUACUGGGUCGCCAUGUCAACUGUUCGACAUAAUUCUGGGUUUUCUAUGAUGGAUUUCUUAUCAGAAAAACCAUGGAUUAAAAGAUUAAUUUUUAAGCUAUUAAGUCCAGAAACAGUGUCGAAGUUUGUGCCUCGAUACAGCCUCGUCUUGGAACUUGGAGACAAUGGAGCCUACCAAAGAAGUUUACAUGAUCCCAAUGGACUGGUUGCUGCCUACAUUAGUGAAGUGCAUGAACAAGAUGGACACCUUUACUUGGGCUCCUUCAAAUCUCCUUUUCUUUGCAAACUUAACCUUGAUCUCCUUUAACCAAUCACAAAGAAAUCUAAUGCUACUGCUCUAGGAGUGUCCUGCUCAAAUAUUUUAGUGGUCUAAGUACCUGAGGUGUUCCUUUACCCAUAGUCAUGGAAAUACAUCUUCGAAUAUUCAAUGUCAUCCCUUUACAGUGUAGCAGGGGGAUACCACAGCACUCUGCUCAUCUGUUAGCUUUCCAUGGUAGGAUCUUUUCAUCUUGGUUUACUUCUUUUAAAGGUGAGUGCAUAAGAUGAUGGCUUUGGAAGUUCAGGUAACAGAAUUCUGUCAUCUAAGAAUUAUCUGCUUUUGUAACAGUUCUCCAGAGAACUUUGAAUUCUUUUAUAUACUUAAACAGUUUAAGGAACUUAUUUCUGCUACUAGUUCUGUUCUUCCAUCCUUAGCUUUGCUACCUGUGAAAUAGGAUUAAUAACUACAUUGUGAAGGGAUGCUUUGAUAUAUGCAGAAAAAAGCUAUGGGAAGUAGGAGUUACAUUAUAAAGAUUUAUGCUUGAACACUGAUUGCAACAAUCCAAGAGGCACCCCUGCACGAUUGAAGUGAUUUUUCUGGCUAGGCUUUUAGGCAGUCAAAGCUUUGCCUCUUGAGGGGCACUAAAGGCUUUUAGCAUACCUCAGUCCCUUUCAACUAUUUAAAGGUUAGGUGCUGCAAGAAAGUUCUCUGGUGAAACUCAGCUUAUUUCAAUAACACUGAGAGUCAAUACUAAUGUCUUUCUAAAAACUACCUAUUAUAGUAGAAUGAUGUUACCUAAUAGAUUCAAUCCAACAGUGAUUUCUUUAGAAGAACAUGAUUUUUUUGCCUUUCACAUUGUUUCCAUCUAGAACUGCAGACAUGGUUAAAACCACUAUGUUCCAAUGUCAUGUUUGCAUUGCUUACCACCUUGACAAAUAGUUGUCUCUUACGUUAGUGGCGAACUACAGGAAUAAGAACCAUGUAAUAAUGAAUAUAUUAAAUUUGCUUUUCUGCUAUUUGACUUUUU